AUGACAGACUCACCAUUGAAGCGUAAACGCUCUCGAAUAGCCUGCGAACCUUGUCGUGACCGCAAAAGAAGAUGUGACGGCGGUCAACCAUGUGAUUCUUGUGUUCGAUUCGAAUACGAGUGUCAAUACAAGAACUAUUCCGGACAUAGCAAAAGACCUAGACACAAUCAUGAGCAAUCAUCAUUGUCGGCUCCCGCGAAAGCAGAAUCCUUACCUCCUCCAUCAAUAGAAGCUAAUUCCGGUGCAACUUUUGCCCGGCAAUUGGCGCUGAAAAUUGAUCCUCAGAAUGCACCGAGAUUGAAUCUGUUUUCAUGGAAUAUUGGAGAGAGGUAUAGCAAUACCAGAUCUAAGCGGGUUUCAACAUUAUCAACGGAAGAUAUAUCGAGCACGGGCAUCGUGGAUGAAUUGUCUGCGUUCUACUUUGAAAAGGUGGACAUUUGUUACAAUUUCAUUGAUCGGGCAAAAUUCUUUCAAAGAUGGAAGGUUCGACAACUUGUCAAGAACGAGAGAAAGCCAUUUGAUGCAAUCUUGUUUGGGGUGACGGCACUUGGAAGUCUGUUUUCUAAUCGGGUUGCACCUUUCUUAGAACUUCAGCUUGUUGAAUCUGCGCGGUCAAUUCUAGAUGAAUAUUCCGGAGAAACACCAACAACAGAAACAAUCACAGGUCAACUUCUUAGGGUUGUCUAUUUGCGUAUGACUGCAUCACCUCAUGUCGCAUGGAUGUCUAGUUGUACGUUGAUGCACAUGAUUGAAGCAGCAGGUCUUCAUAUCCCGACUACCACAAAUGAUCCUUCAAUACAACCAGCAGUAGACAGCAAUUCAGAGUUACAAUGGAGACUAUUAGGUGUAGCACAGCAUCUAAAUACUUGGAUCUCCUUUGAUCUUGGACGGUCUAGGGUAGUACUCCAAGGAGGAGUGCCUUCGGUCCUCCCAUAUCUGAAUCACCAAGAUUCAACGAAAGAGCUUCUUAGCUUAUUGCCCAUGUCCGAAGCUUUGGAUCCAAUUAACCAGCAAAAUGCAUCUAACCUCGAAUCUGCAUUUGUGCAAGUCUUGGAUAGCAGUCACAUACAGCCGCCAUCAGUAAUGGCUCAAUGUAAUCUGAUGCUCUGCAUCUACCGACGUCUUCGCGCUUUGAAUCUCACUGUCUCUUCGGAACUCUUAGACCGAGCUCUGACGCUUAUGAGUAAAGCUUUACGCUGUGCUAGAGAUAUGGUCAGAACAAAUUGUCCCUGGCAUCAUAUGGCUAACGUACCGUUCCAAAUAAUCUGCACACUCCUCGCUAUCGACAACCGAAGUUCAUUAUCGAGACUCGGAGACGCAAUGAAGACUCUUGGGGAAGUAUCAACCGCAUAUGAUACGAGUGUAAUGAGAGAAGCAUACAAAACUGCUCGAUUACUAGUUUUGCUUUCUCAAAAAAGGAAAGAGGAUGAUACGAAGAUGCUUAGUGAAGUCAUGAAGGCUGAUCCACUACCACCUGUUGACCCUACAAUGGAUAGAAGUAGCAGUCAAACGCUACAGGAUAUCGGGUAUGGUGAUCCGUGGUUGGAAUCACUUCUUGCGGAUAUACCAGGACUAGAAGACAUCGAAACACAGUUCUCGAUGCCUAAUACGUCAUGGACAUUCCAAGGUUCAAAUGCGUAA